AGCUGCCCAUUUACGUCCGCUCUCUUACCCCAGACGAGAAGGACCCCGGUGGGCUUUCGGUACCGGUUAACUCAUCAGCAAACGUCUCCCCCCAAAAAACGCAAACAUGACAAGGAAAUUCUUCGUUGGUGGGAACUGGAAGAUGAACGGCGACAAGAAAAGCCUCGGGGAGCUCAUCCAGACCCUGAACGGAGCCAAGGUGGACCCCAAUGUCGAGGUGGUGUGCGGUGCUCCAUCAAUCUACCUGGACUUUGCCAGGUCCAAACUGGACCCCAAGUUCGGCGUGGCCGCUCAGAACUGCUACAAAGUUCCCAAGGGUGCCUUCACUGGGGAGAUCAGCCCUGUGAUGAUCAAGGACUGUGGUGUGAACUGGGUGAUCCUGGGACACUCUGAGAGGCGCCACGUCUUUGGAGAGAGUGAUGAGCUGAUUGGUCAGAAGACGGCUCACGCGCUGGAGAACGGCCUCGGUGUGAUUGCCUGCAUUGGUGAGAAGCUGGAUGAGAGGGAGGGAGGCAUCACGGAGAAGGUCGUCUUUGCUCAGACCAAGGUCAUCGCAGACAACGUGAAGGACUGGAGCAAGGUCGUGCUUGCCUACGAGCCCGUGUGGGCCAUUGGCACUGGGAAGACUGCCUCCCCACAGCAGGCUCAGGAAGUUCAUGAGAAACUGAGGGAGUGGCUGAAGACCAACGUAUCUGAGGCUGUAGCCAACUCUGUGAGGAUCAUCUACGGAGGUUCUGUGACUGGUGCUACCUGCAAAGAACUUGCCUCCCAGAAGGACGUUGAUGGUUUCCUCGUGGGCGGAGCUUCCUUGAAGCCAGAGUUUGUCGACAUCAUCAACGCCAAGGCAUAAAAUAUGGGCAGCUGCAAAGUGACUGGAUUAGUCAAACUCCAUUCAGACGGUCCAGUUCUUCAUCCCUCACGCUCAGCACUUAGUCUUCUUCCCCUUUUUCAUUCAGAGUAUUUGUGUGACGUCAUUCCCUCCUUUUCCUUUAUUUUUGGGGAUAUAUAUUUUGUAACAAAGGAAAUAGACCGGCUGACACACACACACUGUACUGCACUGAUAAAAGUUAAAUCCACUGAGAAUAGUCUGUGCAUACCAACUACAACACAAAGUGCUCACGCUGACGACUAUACCAUGAGGUGGGCAGGCAGUCCACACCUUUACUUGAAAAGUUCAUGAACUUUUUUUUUUUUUGUGUAAAAGUGUGACAGCUCAUGUCGCUUGACUUUUUCUGGUGUCUUUUGUGUAAUUGAUUUCUGUGGCUUUUAUCUCCCUCUGCUUUUGCAUGAUCCAUUCCCAUUGGUUGUCCCGCCAAUAGUAAAGUGUCAAUUUAUUACAUGUUAAUCAUGUGUGUCACAGCUGAUGGGUAUAAGGGCAGGAAAGCUGUAAGGAAACAUAAUAAACUGUUUAGAGACUC